AUGGCCGACACAGAAGAAUAUUCAUCGCGUAGAAGCGCCAGUCCUGAUCGUUACGAUCGUCAGAGAUCUCUUUCUCCUCGUCGCGACUCUGCUCAGGAUGGAUCUAACGAGGCUGGUCUUCCCGAUGACAGAGAGAGAAACGGCGAUUCUGGUGCCGCUAAUGACAGUUCUAAUGGCAAUGAUGCUGCUACUUCUGGAUCUGCUUCCGGCCCUGUUGACGAUGAUGAAGCUGCUAAGAAUGAAGGUACUAAUUUGUUUGUUUCUGGUUUGGCUCGUCAAGUCACCGAAGCUAAAUUGGAGGAAUUGUUUUCCAAGUACGGUACUGUCGUCAAGUGCCAAAUCAUGGUUGACCCUCAUACCAGAGACUCGCGAGGUUUUGGUUUCGUUGACAUGGCUGAUGUAGAGGGUGCUGAUGCUGCUAUUGCUGGUAUCAAUGGCCAAGAUCUGCUUGACAGAGUUGUUUCUGUCGAAAAGGCUAAGAGAAAGAGACCAAGAACCCCUACUCCUGGUAAGUACUUUGGUCCUCCAAAGACCAGAGGCGCUGGUUCUUUCAGAAGAGGUGGUUAUGGUGGUCCUAGUCGUUAUGGCGGUGGUGACUACCGUGGCGGAUACAGACCGAGAUACGAUGACCGUGAUAGAUAUGGUGGCCCUCCUCCUCCUGGUGGCUAUGACAGAUAUGACAGAUACGAUCGUUAUGAUCGUUACGACAGAUAUGAUCGAUACGAUGAUCGAUUCAGGGGUCCUCCACCUCCAAGAGGUCCUCCUGGUCCUUCUAGAUACGAUGAUCGCGAUGGAUACAGAGAUCGUGAGUAUUCAUCUCGUUAUGACGAAGGUCCUCGUGACAGAUAUGCUCCUCCUCAUAGACGAGGCGAUAACUACCGUGACCGCGAACGCCGUGGCCCUCCUCCUUCUGGCGGCCCUGGUGGAGAUUCAAGAGAUUACGAUCGUCCCUCGUACCGUGACGAACCAAGAGGUGCUGGAUACAGUCCUGAAAGAGAAGAUUAUCGUAGGGAUUAA